UUUUAAUGGGAUUCAAUAAAGACCUGUUCAUUGAUGAAUUACCACUAGAUUUACUUUGUGGUAUCUGUUCAGAUGUCCUAUGUGAACCUAUCCAAGUCCAUUGUGGAGAAGAUCAUAUGUUCUGUGAAGGUUGUAUCUCUUUAUUUUUUACUGGAAAGGAAGAUAUACGUUGUCCUACUUGCAGUAUGCCUUUGAAUCGAAAUGCUUUCCAAUCAUCCAAGUUUGUAGAGCGUCAAUUGGGAAGACUUUCUAUCAAGUGUUUAUACCACAACUUGGGCUGUACCUGGACUGGAUCUUUGUCCUCUGAUCAUAUUCAAAAAUGUACUGUUUCAACUCGACCUUGCCUGAAUGCUGAAAAUGGAUGUCCUGAACAACUCAACGAAGCAAUGAUGUUAAUACAUGAAGACGAAUGCGACUAUUGUCUUAUGGAAUGUGAAUCUGCUAUGUGUUCUGCUGUAUUUCUUCGGAAAGAUCAAGAUCAACACAGUACUACUUGUCGAUCAUUUCCUUGUCACUAUGCUAAAAGUGGGUGCGCAUUCAUAGGUACACUUUCUGAACGUCAAGAUCACGUUAAAGGUUACUGCGGAAGGUUACAUCUCAAAAUAUCAUCUUUGGAGCAGGAAUGCCAACAAUUGAAACAACAAUUAGAAUUCAAGAAAUUAUUACAACCUGACAUCAUCAAUCAGCAAUCUCGAUCUACCACCACCUCUGCUUCCACUACCAGCAACAAUGAUGUCAUCACAUCACCACCAUCAUCAUCAUCUUCUGCUAUCAAUAAUCUACAUGAAAUGGAUUUCUCUUCACCCUUCAAUGAUCAAAUGCAAGGUAGUAAUUCAUUAGUGACCAUCCAUGAAGAUCAAGAUUUCAAUGUAACAUCUCUGAACAGCAGUCCCAAUAUCGACAAUAGAAUCAAUUCAAAUAUUACAUCGCUAACAACAUCAUCAACACUACCAAAACGGACACCCAAGGGAAAAAGAAUUCGUUAUAGCAAGAACACUAAAUUGGCUCAUGGUGCUCUAAGGGCAUCCAAGGUAUCAUCAUCACCUAGAGAAAGUGAACAAGAAUACUCUCCACAUUCAUCCAAUGAUAUGUUGACAUCAACGCCAGGGACACCACAAACUCCAACAACAAUGAUGGACAACAUAUCUUCACCAGUUGGGACACCGAUCAGUGAAGAUUUGACAAGAAAGAUGGAUACUCUAUCAACGUCUUCUCAACAUGCUAGUAGUCCCUUGUCUUUCAAUACACCUGAUGAUGUCGCCAACUUUUUUUACGCACUUGAUAGAUCUUCCUCCAUAUCACUCCAGCAACAACACUUGAUAUCAUCAUCAUCUGCCAAAUGCUCAACUACUGACAAGAACACAUCGUUAACAACAAAACAGCAUCAUUCACCUCUAUCUUCUCUCCCAACGCAUGGUGUAGAACAACCAGCAAUGGCUUCCACUGGAAAACCAAGUCAGAUGUUUGUCUUAGCCUCAUCUUACCUUUCAUCCAACUUCAAAUAGUCCCCUCUCAUACAACUUGUUUAUCCUUUAUUUUGUACAUAGCAUAGUUUUUUUUUUCUCAUUUAU